GCUUCGUCUCUCCCCACUCGUCGCUUUCCCCGACAACCCUUUUUUUUUUCCAAAAAUUCAACCGUCUUCUUCUUCCUCCUGUGCCCCUCUCUCUCUGGGGCUGUCCUUUUUCGUCUUUUCACAUAUCAGCCUGUAAUCCGACGGCUCUGCUUCCGUCCACGUCAUCUUCGUCUUCUCCAACCCUCGAAUCCUCUCUUUCAUCUAUAGUUCCUCGAGUUAUUUAUACGGUUUUCUCUCUAGGGUUUCCUUUGGAGUAAACUUUUCUUCUGGACCUGUUGAAUUUUGCGGCAGCAGAUGCUUCGGAGCUCCAAUUUGUUCGAUCUCUGGGGAAACAUUGAGGGUUACCGUUUCCGUCGAUGAAAAUUCGUUAGUUUUGAUAAAUAAAGGUCGCUACCUAGUUUGGGGAGUGAGUCGGUGCUUUAUGCGUAUGCGGGAUGGCGAUUGAGAAGAGCAAGGUCAAGCUCUCUAGGUUUGAUCCAGAGUUCUCUCACGGCAGUGGUGAAACCAUGUCAAGUGAUGAAGGAGAGCUCCUUCAACGUAGAAUCUCGGCGGCUACUGUCGAUUCUGAGUAUGAGGUUGAUGAUGAAGAAGAUGAUGACUUUGAUGAUGCUGAUUCUGGAGCAGGUUCUGAUGAUUUUGAUUUGCUCGAAUUGGCGGAAACUGGGGCCGAGUUCUGCCAGGUGGGAAACGUAACGUGUAGCAUUCCUUUCGAGCUAUAUGAUCUCUCAGGUCUCGAAUAUAUAUUAUCGGUUGAAGUGUGGAACGAGUGUCUAUCUGAGGAGGAGAGGCUUUGUCUCUCAAAGCAUCUACCCGAUAUGGAUCACCUCACGUUUAUGCGCACUUUGAAGGAGCUUUUCGAGGGUUGUAAUUUCCACUUUGGCAGCCCUAUCAAGAAACUGUUUGACAUGUUGAAGGGCGGUCAAUGCGAGCCAAGAAACGCCCUUUACCUAGAGAGUCGUAACCUAUUCAUGAGGACCGAGCAUUAUCAUAAGCUUAGGAAGUAUCACAAUGAUUUGGUCGUGAAUCUUUGUCAGAUAAGGGAUUCUUGGGCGAACUGUAAAGGGUACAGCGUUGAUGAGAAGCUCCGGGUUUUGAAUAUCGUAAAAAGCCAAAAGAAUCUAAUGUGUGAGAAAAUGGAGGAUUUUGAGGUGGAUUCCUCGGAAAAGGAAGAACGGUUUAAUGCAGCGUGGGGGAGAAAGGUGAAAGAUAGGAAGUCUGCACUGAACAAAUUGAACCGUCGUUCUGCGUACGGUGUUGAACCUGAGUUCGAGUUGGCUUCUCGGUGGCAAUCUAUGGCUUUAGAACAGAAUAGAUAUGGCAGACUGAAUUCAAAAGGCAUAUCAAAGAGAGCAAGUUCAAAGUUUACUGGUGCGAACUCAGGUCCACACAGCACAUUGUCACUUCUUCAUAGGCCGAGGUAUGGUACGGGGUUGGGUUUUGGGUCAGAAGAUCGUAUGCCAGUCGAUGAUGGUGAUGAUGACGCUGAUGAUAAUGAUGAUGAUGAUGGUGAUGAUCCGGUCUUUGGAAUGGGUUCAAGGCAUGAUCACGAUAUCACUAUCACCGGAAAUUCUGGAUUCUCGAGACUGGGAAAGAAACCCAACUUUUCCAGAGAUAGAGAAUCGGGCUCUAAACACGUAACGAUGGGUCCAUCAUAUGCAUCAAAGCAGCUUCAAGGUAAAUAUGCUGACAGUAGUAAGCCUCGUGCAUUUGUAAAUCAGAUGAAGCCCCUAAGAGAACAUUUCCUUCAGCCCCCUUUGAAAGGAAGCCUAGCAGAUCUUCGUGCUGACUUAUAUCGGUAUGGCAAGAACCAUGGAGAUGGCUUUUCUGUUGAUCCCACCUUUAUAUCUGAUGAUUGGAAUGGUAGAAGCAAGAAACAUAAGUCUAAUAGGGAGUCACCCGAAAUUAGAUUAUCUUACAGAGCUUCCCUGCAACAGAUGAAUGAAAGGUUCUUGAAUUCGGAUUUGGGCGAGAAUCCGGCACAGGAGAAGAUUAGGGUGAAUGUGAUACCGAAUGGAAGACAUAGUGGGUCAGCAUCAUAUAGAGAUAGCAGAAUGUUCAUGGGAAAUGAUGAUACAGAAUCAGAUUCAUUUGAGGAAUACGAUGACGGGGAAGAAAGAAAUCCCUCAAUGUUGAAUGAAUCAGCUGUCCCAGGUGGUAGAAUGAAUAGUUCUCGAUUACACAUACUCAAAGCCGGGAGAGAUGGUAAAAAGGGCAAACUCGGGAAGAAAGAUAUGGAUGAAAACGAAUGGGCACGUAAUGGAAGGGGUGCUUACUCCAAGCAUAUAACCACGCCAGAGGAACACAUCUAUACACCAGGGGGCAAAAAGCAUUCUUUCAAGGUGAAACAGAAGGGUAAGAUCUGUGAAAGCGGUCCCUUAAAUAACAUUGCAAGCCAAGAUUUUGGAGAUGACCAGGUCUCGGGCUUGGGUAAGUUGAAGGAAAAAGAUGUCAAGAAUAGCCAACAACGGGAGGAAUUGACUGCCCGGUUGCAAAAACCAUCGGCAAAGCUAAAUUUGGCCGAGAGAAAGAGAAAAGGCUUUGAUGAGGAUGACGACCACGAUUCAGAGGCCGUGCUAUUUGGGCCCUGCAGCUCUGUCUCAAAGAAGAGAAGGACGAGAGAACGUUUUAUGGAGGCGGAGGGGAGGGACGACAAUGGUGAUCCGCAACCUGUUGAUGGUUUUACUUCCUCGAAAAGAAAGGGAAAAAUGAAAAUGGAGGCUAAUGCUGGUUCCCCUAAUAGAGAAACUUCUGAAACUCCUAAAGCGAUAGAAAUGGAGGUUGAAACCAAGCCACAGAAGAAGCCAUUUGUGUUGAUCACACCGACAGUUCACACAGGAUUCUCUUUCUCUAUCAUCCAUCUUCUCACGGCAGUGCGUAUGGCAAUGUUAAGUCCACGUCCCGAGGAAGAUUCAUUACCGAGAGCAGAGCAAGAAACCGGUGAUAAUGGGAUUCCCUUAUCCAAGGAUGCGGAUUCAGAGCGGAAAGGGGAUAUGAUGCCGUCCCUCACGGUGCAGGAGAUUGUUAGCCGUGUGAGAUCAAACCCUGGAGAUCCUUCCAUCCUCGAGACACAAGAGCCACUUCAAGAUUUGGUUAGAGGGGUUCUCAAGAUCUUUUCAUCGAAAACUUCGCCUUUAGGGGCGAAAGGCUGGAAACCACUUGUAGCAUAUGAAAAACCCACGAAAAGCUGGAGUUGGAUUGGCCCCUUUCCUCGUACAGCUUCGUCAUCCGAUCAAGAGAAUGCCGAGGAGGUAACGUCGCCCGAAGCUUGGGGUCUUCCGCAAAAGUUGGUCGUCAAGUUGGUUGAUUCUUUCGCAAACUGGCUGAAAAAUGGCCAGGAAACACUUCAGCAAAUAGGAAGUCUUCCCGAGCCGCCAUUGUCGCUUAUGCAGUGUAAUCUCGAUGAGAAAGAAAGGUUCAAAGACCUGAGAGCCCAGAAGAGCCUGAGUACUAUAACCCCAAGUUCCGAAGAAGCAAGAGCUUAUUUCCGCCGGGAGGAAUUUCUCAGGUACUCUAUUCCCGACAGAGCCUUUGCUUACACAGCCGCCGAUGGCAAAAAAUCGAUCGUCGCUCCUCUGAGAAGAGGUGGGGGCAAACCCACCUCGAAAGCUCGGGACCAUUUCAUGCUGAAACGUGACAGACCGCCACACGUAACCAUUCUCUGUCUUGUCCGAGAUGCAGCAGCCAGAUUGCCCGGUAGUAUCGGAACGAGAGCCGAUGUCUGCACGCUGAUAAGAGACUCUCAGUACAUUGUGGAGGAUGUGACGGAUUCGCAAGUGAAUCAAGUCGUGAGCGGGGCAUUGGAUCGAUUGCACUACGAGCGCGAUCCCUGCGUGCAAUUCGACUCGGAUCGGAAACUGUGGGUUUACCUCCACAGAGACAGAGAAGAGGAAGAUUUCGAAGAUGAUGGAACCUCAUCCACCAAGAAAUGGAAGAGGCCGAAAAAGGAACAAGAUCAAGCAGAUCAGGGAGCGGUAACUGUGGCGUAUAACGGGAACGAAGAUCAAUCCGGGUUUGAGUUGGGUUCGGAUGUGAACCCUGAGGCCAUCGCCGUGGAUGAAGAAGACAAAGGAGCAGAGAUUCUUUGUAAUGAAGAAGCUGAGAAUAACACACAGGGAGACGAGGCAACAGGAUGGACGACAGUUGAUUCAAAUCCAGUCGAAGAUAACACGUUUCUCUGCCAAGAAAAUUCAGCAGAUGACAAUUUUGAUGAUUGAAACAUGAUCAAACUUCAUCAUUCCAGGACCGAAGACAAGAGGGGUUAGUUCAGCUCUUCAGUUGUCGGAAUUGAAGCCCUUGAGAGUGGACAAGAUUUGGAUUUUUGUAUAAACACAGAUUUUUUUUUUUUUGGGUCUGAAACAGACAAUGUUAAGGUAGGUUCUGGUCACUGUUAGGAAAGAAGAUUCAUACGUAAAAAAACAUUCCUUAUAUUCUCAUGCCCAUGCAAAUAUUUAAUCGUGAAGUUUAGACUAUUUUGUUAA